GUAUUCCAAGUUGACUAACCAUUCGGCAAAUGGCCAUUUGGAUUAAGGUUAAUUUGCCGAGCCUCAUUCGCUUGUUUAUGGUGGUACUCAGCGCCUAUAUCAUCACGCAAUUCAUAUUUUUAUCUGCAGUUCCUCGAUAUUCCAAAUUGAUUCAAAAGAAUGUAUCGUGUUGUCACCGAGAUCAACCCAAUAUAACAGCUGACGUCCCAGUUUCGAAGUUCAUCACGAAGGGAGUUCCUCUACUGGCCCCUAAGCUGGCCAAGCUGUAUAAGCUGGUUGCUAACAUGGAUCAAAGUGUGGUGGAUGUAUUUGGAUUUCCUUCUUCUAAAAAGGUUUACCUCUCCAUUGGAAUUCGUCUGAGAAGCACAAACAAGAGUGAACUGAACCUAGUACAGGAGACUUUAAGUUCGAUUCUCAAAAACUCGGCUGUGCAGGAUAGAACGCAUUACAUUGUCGUCAUGUACAUUCCCUUUAUCAGAGGCCAAUCAAAAUUUCCUCUGCAUGAAGUUCUGGAAAGACGAUACAUGGAUUUUGUCAACGAGGGCUUGAUUCACGUUAUCAGGCCUACGGUAGAUAUUUAUUUUGACGAGGAUUCAUACAAUAGACUAUACGAGACAAACAAAACAAUAUCAUCUUUUGAUGCAAAGUCAAACAUCGAUGAAUCAUUUCUAUAUCUAUAUUCUAAAAAUCUUUCAAAGUAUUUUGUUGAACUUCGUCCUGGUUCUAUCUGCACACCUCACUUCUUCAAGAUCUUGAAACAGCAUGUCGAUUCCCUGCAGACAGAAUGGAGCCAAAUUCACUUCUCAGAAAAUUCCUUGUAUGGACGAUUAUUUCACACAGAUUCUUUGCCUACAAUGGCAGUAGAUAUCCUCAAUACAUAUGACAGUGUACAGCCUGCCGAGCGGGUGGCCAGCUAUAAGACAAAUCUUCAAUAUCGGCCACCUCUUUUCUUUUACGUUGAUACUGGUGAAAGCGCCAACGUCUCCUAUUACAACAGACGCGACGUAGUAAAAGAGAUACUGAAAGCAAAGUACCUUAAUCCCCCUGCAAAGUUAUAUACUGAUAUGCAUCAGUUCGAAGACUUUGGUUUGGGUAAUGUUUAUGAUAAAAAUAUCCACACAUUCUUUUGGUCAAAUGGAUUUGACGCAGGAAGUUAUAUUACAGUGUCUUUCCAUGUUCCUCAAACUAUAAAAAGGAUAGUAGUGUGCACAGGGAGCUACAUAAAUACAGAUAAAUUACGUUCUGGAUUACUUACAGCGGGGAAGGAGUUAAAAAGAUUAUCAAAUACGUGUGACAAACUUAUAUUGCAAUGGUUUUUUAUCGAUGGCUUUGUAGACACGACCGAAAAUAUUUCUUUACAAAAUAUCAUUUGCCUAUCGAUAAUAGUAAAUUCCAGACAACGGGACUGGCUUAUGCUAAGAGAUAUCAUAGUGGAAGUUGAAAAGGAGACAAAAAAUUUUGUGCAAUAA